AUGUUUCAGUGCCUCUGCAUCAGUAGCGGCAGGGAGCAACAGCAACUGCAGCAGCAGCAGCAACAAUUGCAGCAGCAGCAGCAGUGGCAGCAACAGCAGCAACAGCACGAGCAACAGCAACAACUAAAUAAUAGCAACAGCAACAACAACAGCAACAGCAACAGCAGGAGCGGUAGCGACAGCGGCAGCAGUGGCAUGCGUGUCCGCAGGAGCAGCAGAGUUUGGGGCUGCAUGCGCAGGGUGGGUACCCCCUUUGUGUCUCUUACUGCUCUUUGUCUGUGGUUAUUAGAUCUAUUAGAUGCUGCUCUUGUGCUGCCACAAGCAGCAGCAGCAGAGUUUGCAUCUCUUGGGGGGGCCCCCCCAGCUAUACCCAUUUUAGACCAUUUUAGUCUAUUCCCUGUCUGGUGUGAGUCUCUCACCUGUGGGGCCUUCAGCAACAGCAGCAGCACCGGCAGCAUCACCAGCAGCAGCACAAGCAGCGUUGGUUUAGGCGGCAGGCACUUGGGGCCACCAUCGGAUGCAGGACCCUAUGGCGGUGUAGAUCUAUGGGGUCUUUGUUUACCUUUAGGGGGGGGGCCCUCUCCAUGGAGGGCCCCCGAGAAUAGAGGGCCCCUAUGGAAUGGAGGGUCAAGAGCAGCAUUCCAUUUAAGUAUUUAUUGCCGCAUUAUUGUUGAUAUUCCUCUCCUUACAAUGGCAUUGCAUCUAUCUAGAUGGUUGCAUGCACAAGGGGAGAUAUUUGGGGCCCCCCUUAAUAUACAGGACGUGCAUGCAGGGACCGCCGGACCUUGGGGAGCCAUCGGUGCCUUUGGGGGACAGGCUAAUGCUGCACCGCAAACUGCUUCUGCUGCAGCAGCAGCAGCUGCUGCUGCUGCUACAGCUGCUGCCGCAGCAGGGUACUCUGAUACAUCCAGCCCACCCAGCAUCAACAGCAUGGUCAGCAGCAGCAGCAACAGUAACAGCAGCAGUAACAACAGCAGCAACAGCAGCAAUAGCAGCAGCAGCAAUAUUAGCACGCCAUAUCCCUCACCUCCCAGUGGCCCUCAACAGCCGGUUCCUCGUCCGUCCCCUCCGGGCUCCCCUGCAGCUGCGAGGGCGGCGGUAGCAGGAGGGGGGCCCGCAGCUGCUGCCGCUGUUGGGUCUUGGGCUGUAUCCAUGCUGCUCAAGUGUAUAGCGUACUGCGCAUGCAUCUUCUGCUUUGACGACAUGAAACCGGGGGAACUUCUCCGCGUUGUGACUGCAUGCGGCCACAAAUUUCAUGCUGGUUGUCUUGACGUUUGGCUGUUUGAUCGGUUAAAGGCAUCAUGCCCAAUGUGUGGUCCCUUUCGGUACCCUAGUGGUGGAGGGGCCCUCCACGUGAGCUGA